CUCGCCUCUCUGUGGUCGCGAUAGCGCCGGAUCACCGUCCGACACGGGAGAAAUGAGAGAGCAGGGUCACCGUUGAGGAAGUGAAAUGAUAACAUAACGGCGUCUCGACUUAAACGUUUGCCCGUUGUCUUCGUUCACUGGACUGCAAUGCCGCCACAGCGAGUAUUCGCCCUGCCGAGGCAACAAUCUCUGCUGCUGCCUGCGGUCAUCAACCCGUUUAUUCAAGACACCAAACUGACCAAAGCUGCUAUAAUAAAAUGUGUCCUCCUGGGAAUCUUCCUGGUCCCUAUUCGCGCCAUCCUUCUGUCCCUGGUUCUGAUGGUGACAUGGCCAGUGGCCGUCAUAAUAACCAUCAACCACCCACUGAAAGGAGCUGUGGAACCAAUGACAGGCUGGAGACGGUUCAUGUGUCGGAGAGUGAUGGCGGCUUUGGGCAGGACUUACUACUUCUGCUUGGGCUUCAGAGUGGUGGUCAAGGGCAAGCAAGUCAACAGCAGUGAGGCCCCCAUCCUGGCUGUGGCCCCGCACUCCACCUUUUUUGAUGGGAUUGUGUGCCUUGUUGCAGGCCUGCCCUCCACCGUCUCGCGUGUUGAGAAUCUGGCUACACCCAUCUUUGGCAGGUUUGUGCGCUGUCUUCAGCCAGUGCUGGUGUCCAGAAAGGACCCAGACUCCAGGAAGAAUACAAUCCAGGAGAUUGAAAGCAGAGCCAAGUCAGGAGGCCGCUGGCCACAGGUUCUGAUAUUUCCAGAGGGAACAUGCACAAAUCGCUCAUGUCUCAUCACUUUCAAACAAGGUGCUUUUAUUCCCGGGGUCCCUGUGCAGCCUGUGAUUAUGAGAUAUCCCAACAAACUGGAUACCGUGUCUUGGACUUGGCAGGGUUUCAGCUCGAGGACGCUGCUGCUUCUAACUAUGUGCCAGCUGUACACCACAGUAGAGAUAGAGUUUCUGCCAACGCAUAUCCCCACAGAGGAGGAGAAGAAAAGCCCUCCUCUGUUUGCUAGCAGAGUGCGAGAAACUAUGGCCCAGACUUUGGGAGUUCCAGUGACAGACCACACAUACGAAGACUGCCGCCUGAUGAUCUCAGCUGGUGAGCUAACGCUGCCCAUGGAGGCCGGCCUGGUUGAGUUCACCAAAAUUAGCCGUAAACUCAAUCUGAAGUGGGACAAUGUGAAGAAGGAGCUGGACAGCUUCGCAGCCAUUGCCAGCUCUUGUAAAGGGGGACGGAUCACCAUCGAGGAGUUUGCCAGAUUCCUGAAGCUGCCCGUCAACCCAGCCCUCGAGGAGCUGUUUGCAUUGUUUGACAGGAACGGAGAUGGCACCAUAGACUUCAGAGAGUAUGUUAUCGGCGUGACCAUCUUGUGUCGACCAGCUAACACAGAAGAUGUGCUUCGAAUGGCUUUCCAGCUGUUUGAUAUAGAUGAGGAUGAGAAAAUCACCCGAGAGGAGUUUACUGCUCUGCUGCGCUCAGCUCUGGGUGUGUCCAAUCUUAACAUGGCCAAACUCUUUAAGGAGAUUGAUGCUGACGGCUCUGGUUUCAUCACCUUCACUGAAUUUCAAGACUUUGCCAUGAACCACCCGGAGUACGCUAAGCUCUUCUCCACCUACCUGGAGCUUCAGAGAUACCAAGCUAUCCAGGAGGCGAGUCCAGGUGAUCUGGAAUUAGCCGGUCAAACCAGUUCAGCUGAAAAACAGGAAAACAGCACCUCUGACAAAAAAGAUGACUGAACACUCCUUGACUGCUCUGAGAGACGGAACACUGUAGCCACUGCACUGAAAAGGAAAAAGUGUCAUCUGCCUUCUGACUUUAAGCAGAUUCAAGUCAUUUGCCACAGCAGAUCCACAUCAUAGUUUGUGUGCUUGCCUUUUUAUAUAUAGUUUUUAGAGUGCUUCUAUUUUCAAUUUUAGUGCCUUAUAGAGAUUUCCAAGGACCACUCCCCGUAUUGCAGACUUUUAAAAGUCUAAAAGCCUAAAGUUUUGUGUGUGGGUGUGUCAUGGUUAUGUGUUCAUCUUUAAAAAAUACAAUAAAUUAAAAUGUAGGAUAUAGGAUGGAAAUAUGUCAGAAAAGUCACAUGGGCCCCUCACUGUUUUAAAGGUGCUAAAUUCAAAAUUCAGAGCAUUAACAUAGCAGCAAACAACCGUUGGCUAUGUAAAGAUAUAGUGGAGUAAUGGCGUCCUGAAGAAUGAAGACACACUUCUUCUGUAGAUGUUGUAAUCCAACGCUUCUCUGUGCUUUGUUUACGUAGCCGGUCCGGUGGCGGACAUGCGCCUGCAUGUUAGUCCCAGUGCGCUCAUACAGCGGUUACAGCUGAUAACAGCGUCCUGACCCGCAGCGUUGUCGCGGAAGCAAAACGCCUACCCUCCGGUUCCCCUCCCGGUUAACACCCCUAGCUCUGUAAGGACUGUUGCCGCCGUUUGCACCGUUAGCAUUGUUAGCAACAGACGUUGCCAUUGUGAGAGCCCUGUGGAGGCAAUCCAUCACAGAUAUGCUCUGGAUUUUGAAUUAAGUGCAUUUUAACUUUAGAAACCCUGCAAUCUUUAGAGGUGUAACGUUAGUGACAACGUUUCAUGAUAUACUUAAACUGACUCGCCAUGUUUUUGACUUCGAUACAUCAUUCUGUGUAUCCUGAGCUUACCCUAGCUUGGACUUAGAUGAAAGUAGCUUUGUGUACCUUCUCCUUUGUCUCUGUAGUCUUCUGUAAAUGAGUAAAGAAAAAUUGCCAAACCAACACCUUUUUAAGUAUAAGCAAAGAGUCCACGUGCUUCUGUGUUGCAGUAUAAUUAGUGUACAGUAAGCUUUAUUAAGAUCACUCCAAUCUGGCAAACCCACAGAUGUUCUGUAUUAAAGCUACGUCUACGAAGAGCAUACAUGCUGUGCAUUACACUUUUUUUCAGUGCUCAGGGACGCAUUGUAAGACGGCUGUAUAAUUAGCCAGAGGUUUGCUUUGCAUGUGUAUCUAUUUGCAUUUCUACUGAAGACUGUUGUUGCUGAGACAGCAGCACGUCUAUGUAGCUUUAAGUUUACUAAAGCAAAUCAACCACUGAAAAAUAGGGCAAUUUGUGAGCAAAAAGGCAACAGUGCUUCUUCACAACAUCAUAUCCCAGCGGGUUAUGCUUUCAGAUUAACUAGCGGCACUGUUAUUUAUCUAGCAAGGCGCAUGGCAAUUAUGUAAUUUUUCUUUUUUGUUAACACUGCAAAGUUUGCUUUUUACAAUAAAACAAAGAGUACAAUUUUAAUAUUGCCUUCAUUUUUAUAUUCACCACUGAGGGAACUAAUGACUUCCGUAGAUUUCGUCUUUGAUGAAGCAAGGUGCAAUAAAGGGGCUGUGGAAGUACUUCUGAUUCUCUAAACCACCACCAGGUGCCAGUAGUUACCUAAAAUAAUUCCAUUACGUGUGUGUUUGCUGUUCUUAUACUUUCAAGUAUCAGUUUGAAUUUUACCCCUUGUAUCAUUUGAGUCUGUAUUUUAAAUUGAUGAUAGAGCUAGAGUAUGGCACUGAAAGGCACUGAAACUGAAGAUAAGGCACGAUAUGAAUGACUUCUAUCAUCACCUUUAUACUCUAAUACCAGCACACAAUUUAAGUUGAUAUUUGAUCUUGAAUAUACACACAAAUGCACAGAAAACAGAGCAAUUUCUUAAUUGUGUUUGUACGACUUAUGUGCUAUAAUUGCUCAAUUUAUCUGCAUUGCAUUUCUUCAUUUGACUUUUUUGUGACCCAAACAGUUUUCAUUGUGAGGGUGGAAGAAGACUAGAAACACUAUAAAAUGUGAAUGUGAGACUUGGAGAGCAAUGUAAUGUACGUGUUGAUUCUUCACCAUAAAAGUUUCCAUAUACCAUAUGUGAUUUGUUUCAAUUUGAAAGUCAUUUUUCCCCCCAUUAGUGUUCUAGUUAUUUCUAUAACAUGUGUUCGAUGGAUUCUGAUAUCUGAGCCGGGGUUCCAAACGUUGUGAACAACUUCCUUCUUUGGUCUACAUUUCACCCUGGAAACUGAUCUCAUCAAUACCAAUGCCUGGAGUUUUACUUAUUUAUUAUUAAAUAUUAAAUUUGUGCAUUUGCAAGACCAAGUGUAUAUAACUAAAUAAUAAUUAAAAUAAAUCUGUUUCCAUGGGGUUGCAUCAAUAUUAAUCCAUAAAUCUUUGUCCCAGUCGGAGGUGGGGACGGUGAUGGUGGAGGCUUUGGUUAAUUAGAUAAGAUGGUCUAAUUUUAUAGAUGUUAUACUAAAAAGUAAAAAUGUAUUUUGCAACGUUUUGUGUGUUGAUUAUGCAAAGAUGUAAUUAUAUUUGUUUCACUUUACUUAAAGCAAAGAACUAAGAGUAACUUAGUAAAGUGAUAAUGCAUUGUAAAAAGAUUAUAAUGUAUUACAACAAUGGGAGUUUAAAUAGAUAUAAGUCAAUAUCAGAUGCUUUAUAAUGUGUUAUGAUUAUUGUUAUUGAGCAUUAUGAAUAUUUAUGAAUGUUUAUAACUAAAAUCAUAAAGUGAUAUGAGCAGAUUUAUAUCAUUUAUAUUUAAAAUAUGGAUAACUUUUUCUAAUCUCACAUACAGUAUUUACUUAAUAAUUCUGAUGUAUGUGUUGAGUGAUGGAGGGCGGUAGCUUGAGCACAGAGUAGGAUCAUUUUCAGGUUUGGAUGUGGUGGGAUGUUGGGCGUUGUAACUUUCUGUUCUUGUCCUAAUGAAUAAUAAUGGCGUGGCCCAAAAGUGCUUUUAAAAUUCAGGGGGGAAACCAUCUGAUGCAGGUGCUUUGUUAUUCGAUAUGGCUUGAAGUGCUUUCUCUCAGUCUUCUAGCCUAAUGGGUCAGUCCAAGAUAUCUUCAUGAAGUUCUGUUAUCUUGGGGAGAUCUAUAUUGUCAAAGAAUGUGUUUAUUGUAAGUGUUUGGCAAUUUGGUUGCGAUAGAGAGUUUUAAUUGUUGAUUUGCCAGAUAUUCUCCUGAUUGUGUUGUCAUUGUGUUCAAAGUAGUUAUGUUUUAGCCUUUGUCUGAAAAACUGUGUCGUCCUAUUUAGGAUGUAAUAAAGUUUGUCCCUGGAA